AUGCGCUUCUUCACUGCUGCUCUCGUUUCGGCCCUGGCUUCUCUGGCCGCCGCCACCACCUACACCCAGCCCGACUACUCCAAGGCGCCCAGUGGUAACCCCAUCCUGACCCCCGGUCUCAACGAGCUGGUCCCCGUCGGCCAGCCCUACGACAUCACCUGGACCCCCACCACCGAGGGCACCGUCUCUCUCGUCCUUCUGCGCGGUCCCAGCACCAACGUCGUGCCCCUGGAGACCCUCGUCGUCGGCAUCCCCAACACCGGUUCCUACAAGUGGACUCCCGGCACCGAGCUCGAGCCCGACACCACCCACUACGGCCUCCUGCUCGUCGUCGAGGGCACCGGCCAGUACCAGUGGUCCACCCAGUUCGGCAUCAAGAACCCCAACUACGGCACCAAGUCCAGCAGCACCACCACCUCCGCCGCUGCUACUACUACUGAGACCACCGCCGCCGAGACCACCGCCGCGGCCACCACCAUCGUCGACCAGGAGACCACCACCAUCUGCCCCGAGACCGAGACCCAGGCCCAGUCCACCAUGACCCCCACCACCAUCCCCGUCGUCGUGCCCACCUCCACCGCCGUCGUCUCGACCACCCUGAGCUCCUCCGCCAUCCCCGUCCCCACCACCACGGCCACCUCUACCCCCUCCACCAGCGCCCCCGCCAUGCCCACCUUCACCGGCGCUGCCGACCGUAAGGCCAUCAGCUUCGGCGCUGUCGCCGUCGGUGUCGCCGCCGUCCUGGCCUUCUAG